AUGGCACCGAUUAGGAAACUCCGCAUCUGGGUCCUAGCACCCAUCGCCGUCGUCCUAGUCUUCCUAUGGCAAAGGCAAGCCGACGUGGCCAGCGACGCCAUGUCGUCGCCACCAUCCGCCGCCCACAGGGUCUCGGUCGAACUGUUCCACCAGGAUCCCGGCGUGUCCGACGCCGCCCUGUGCCGCCUGCACGGCUGGCAGCCCUACCAGACCCCGGCCUCGGGCCGGCGGAGAAAGGUCUACGACCUCUUCAUGAUCAACACGGAGCUCGAGUGGCUCGAGAUCCGCCUCAACACGUCCUACCACGAGGUCGACCACUUCGUCGUCGUCGAGGCGCCCCUCACCUUCACGGGCCUGCCCAAACCGCUCAUCAUCAAGGAGAACUGGGACCGCUUCGCCCCGUACCACGACAAGCUCAUCUACCACGAGCUGCAGUACCCGCCGCGCUACGACCCGCCCCGGGCCUGGGACCGCGAGGACCUCCAGCGCGACGCCAUGCUGACGCAGGUCUUCCCGGGCCUCGAGGGCCGCGCGAGCCAGCCCCAGCAGGGCGACGUCAUCAUCGUGGCCGACGUCGACGAGGUGGUGCGGCCCGAGACGCUGCGCCUCCUGCGCGCCUGCGCCUUCCCGCGCCGCCUCACCCUCCGCAGCAGGUUCUACUACUACAGCUUUGAGUUUCUGCACCGCGGGCCAGAGUGGGCGCACCCCCAGGCCACCACCUACGCCGGGUCCGUCGCCGGGACCAUCAAGCCCACGAACCUGCGCAACGGCGACGGCGGCCUGGCCCCGCUCAUCUACUUUGACAAGGACGACCUGUGGAACGCCGGCUGGCACUGCUCCAGCUGCUACGCCACCAUGGGCGAGGUCCUGACCAAGAUGGCCUCCUUCUCCCACGUGUCGCUGAAUCAUGACUUCUUCCGCGACAGGAAUCGCAUAGCCGACCGCGUGCGCGAGGGCCUGGAUCUGUGGUCCCGGAAGGACCAGAUCUACGACCGGAUCAAGGACAACACGGACCUGCCUCCAUUCGUGCUCAACCACAAAGAUCGCUUCGUGCACCUGCUCGACAGGAGUGGCAAGUCAGCCGGCUUUAGCGAUUAUCCUCCUUAA